ACGUCGCCCCCCUAACGAGCUUGGCUGAAAUGGAAUAAAUAGUGCCCAUGAUCUCUCAGGAUGAAGAGCUCCCGUGCUUUUAACCUAGCAAGGAACAGCUUGGUGCUGGGGGUUGGACAGCCUGCAACCUGCAGAUACGAACAUGAGCACUCCGCCGGCGCGGUCCCCUCACCAGGAUGACUGGAGACAGCACUGGAAGAGCUUCCUUGGAGCAGUGGGGAUGAGCUUUCUGCUCCUACAGCUUCUCUUCCUGGGCAACAUGUCCUAUCUGUACGGGACGCAGUAUCGAGACAGCGAACGAAUCCAUCAAUUGAAGCUCCUGUACGUCGAUUUCGACGGCGACAUCAUCGGCCAAUCCGUCCUCGACGCAUACGGAGCCUUGCAAGGCGCGACCUUCCCUACUUUGCACCAGGCAUCCACCGAGGAAUUUUCAUCUAGUCAGGAUGUGCGCAACGCCGUCUGCCACGGGGACUACUGGGGAGCUAUCUACGUCAACGCGGGGGCCACCGCGCGGUUGGUAGCAUCACUGUCUGGAGACGCAGACAGCGGCAGCAGCAGCAGCAACACCAACGCAACCACCGCGCUGACCUACAUCUGGAACGGAGCACGGUACCCCGCGUUCGCGCAAAGCGCCGUCUACUCCAACCUCCUCACGCUGAUCGAAGCGACGCGGUCGACGUACUACGCGCGCAACGCGUCGAACGUCCUCGAAACCCUCCUCGCCUCCUCAGCAUCAGCAUCAACAUCAACCGCACUAACCGCCUUCCUCGACCCCAUCACCGCGACGGAACACAACAUCAAAGCCACCGCGCAAGGCGGGCGGGUCCUGUACAACACCGUCUCGAUCGUCAUGCCGAUCAUCCAGCAGUUCUUCUUCAUGAUGGCGCUGAACGGGCUGUCGGCGCAGUUCCAGCUGUUCACGCGGCUGACGCCGCGCGCCAACGGCCUGCUGCGGCUGUGCAUCUCGGGGUGCUACACCUUCGUGGGCGCCCUGUGCAUGGUGGGCUACAUCUGGGCCUUCCGCGAGUCGUGGGCCGUCUCGGCCGGCCAGUUCGUGCUCUGCUGGAUGGCCGUCUGGCUGUACAUGCACAUCAACUUCCAGAUCGUGGACGUGCUGACCACCUACGUGCCCAUGCAGUUCAUGCCCUUCUGCAUCCUGACCUGGGCGAUCCUCAACGUCGCCAGCACGGUCAGCCCCUUCGAGAUGCAGCCGGGCUUCUUCCGGUGGGCGUACGCCCUCCCCGCGCACGAGCUGUACCAGGUGCUCGUGCAGAUCUGGAGCGACGGGUGCGAGAAUCAGUUGCGCACCGCCUUGCCCGUCUUGUUCUCAUGGUGGGUCGUCGGGGCGGGGACGGCCAUCGUCGCGACGCAUCGGAGGUGUCGGGUUGCUGCUGCUGCUGCUGCUGCCGCCGCCGCAGUUGGACGUGAGAAGAGUCUCGAGGGUAGAAUGGCGGAUGGAAAGGCGGAGUCUGUGCGGACAGGGUCGAGCACGCAGGGGAUCUUGCCCAGUCGUGAGACGGAGAGACGGAAUACCAUUGAGAUGGAGCGGUUGGAGAGUGCGGCGUAUGGGCCGCGGUAUCCCACUCCGAUGGUGAAUGGGGAUGGAGACAGGUAGAUAUUGGGGGUGUUUCUAGUCUUGAAUUGAUUUGCGUUAAGUUUGUAGUAUCUAUCCCUCAAC